CGGAGCUUGCCGCUGGCGGGGCGGGGCUAUGUGGAGGUCUAUUAGCAGAGUGUGAGCUAACUCCUGCUAAAAACAGCUAAAAAACAGAGAGAGAGAGAGAACCCAAACUCACCCAGAACCAGCAGAACGGAAGCAUGGCGGAACCGGCGGAGAGAGCGUACUACCGGUUCCUGGUGCUGUUCUUUAACUGCAUGCUUACCUUUGGCUCCUACUUCUGCUUCGAUAUUCCCAGUGUUCUCCAGGAGCAGUUCCAAGGGAAUCUGACGUGCCCGAACUCGACGGUGAGUUUUGGCAGCAGUAAUGGUUCAGAGUGUGUGGAGGGUCUGGGAAUGACCCCACAGCAGUACAAUCUACUGUACGCCAUCUACGCCUGGACGAACGCUGUGGUGGUGAUCAUGGCCGGGUUCCUCAUCGACAAACUGGGAAACCGCUUUGGUGUGUUCCUGUUCUCCUUCCUGACUGUUCUGGGAUCAGCUAUCUUCGCUCUGGGGUCUCAUUUUAAAGGGUCGGAGUAUCUGCUGCCCCUCAUGCUGACGGGUCGGCUGCUGUUCGGCUCUGGGAACGGAUCUCUGACCAUUGUUCAGAACCGGAUCACAGCGUUCUGGUUUAAGGGGAAGGAGCUGGCUCUGGCGUUCGGUCUGACUCUGGCUUUCUCUCGUCUCGGCUCGGUUCUGAACUUCUUCCUGACGCAACGCUUCGAGGCGGAGUACGGCAUGCAGUGGACGCUGUGGGGGGGUACGUUACUGUGUGUACUGGGUUUCCUCUCUGCUAUAACGGUCAGUGUGCUGGAUAAGGUGGGAAUGAAACAGCUGGGUUUGGAUGGAGCCAUACAGGAGGAGUCCCGCAAAGUGAGAGUGCAGGAUAUCCGGUUGCUUUCUCUCCGUUACUGGUUGCUGGUUCUCACCAUCAUGUUCUUCUACAAUGGGAUCUUCCCGUUCAUCGCUGAUGCCAGUAAGUUUAUUCAGGAUAAGUACUCAGGUUACAGUCAGAAGGAGGCGGCGUAUAUCGCUGGGGCUGUGUAUGACAGCUCUCUGGUGCUGUCUGCUGCUGUCGGCAUCCUCAUUGAUUACGUGGGUCUGAGGGGGGUGUUUGCGGUGUUGUGUGCGGUGUUGACGUUGCCGGUGUUUGGGCUGCUGGCGUUCACCUUCGUCCCUCCGCUCGUCUCCACCAUCUGGCUCGGAGUCACCUAUUCAUUUGCUGCUGCGAGUAUGUGGCCCUCCAUCCCCCUGGUGGUCCCUCAGGCCACUCUGGGGACGGCGAUGGGUUUGGCCACCUCAGUGCAGAUGAUCGGCAUCGGAAUCUCUAACCUGAUUGUGGGGCAAAUCCUGGGAACCAAGAGCAGUGAUGCUAAGAUUCCUCUGUGGCGGUGGCAGCAGAUGAUGAUCUUCAUGCUGGCGAAUACAAUCAGCUGCAUCAUCACCUCAGCUCUACUGAAUAUAGUAGAUCACAGACAGGGAGGUAUUCUGAACAGGACGACGAAGCGAUCACAGGUGCAGAGAGCUGAAGUGCCGACAGAUACAGAACCGCUGGUGAACGAGGAAGAGGAUGGAGGAGAGGAAGACCCGGUCAACACCUCCAUCAACACCUAAACCUGUCUCUCUCUCUCUCUCUCUCUCUCUGUCUCUCUCUCUCCUUCUCAUAAACAUAAUAAAUGAAUGGAUGUUAAAGGGAAACACACUUUUCUUAUACAGGCUUAAAUAAAUAUUGGGCAUCAGGUGAGGGAGCUUCUGAUUGGCCGACAGUGUUUGUGGACGGAGACCGCUCUAGUGUUACUGUAAUAAUAUAAUAACAGCAGAUAAAUUAUAAUAGUAGUGAUGAUGAUAAUAAUAAUGUUUGGUUGUUAUUGUAUAAACAAAAUAACUUUUUUUUAGUUUUGUAAUUGAGAUAAAAGUUUUGUAAGUCGAUGUGAAGGGAAAUAAUCAGUGUUUGCAUGUUCAUGAACACAAAUGUAAAGUUUUAUAUGAUAAAAAUAAACAUUUCUUCUUUAAAAUGA